AUGGCCGUACCAGGGAAAAAGACAUUAGCAACAGCUUCAACAAGCUCUGAUGAAGAUCUUCAAGUUUACUGUCAGCCCUGUGACGAGGAAGGACCAAGACGUCCUGCCUAUGGCUACUGCACGGACUGCCAGGAACAUCUUUGCGAAACUUGUUUCAAAGUUCACAAGAAACAUAAACUUUCAAAACAUCAUAUUCUCCUUGAUAAUGAAAGUAUGCCAAAAACUCUUCAACUUUCUUCAACAUCUGAUCAUACUAGUAUGUCUGCUGAUUUUAGAACACCUUGUCCUAAACAUAAGAGAGAAAUGAUCAAGUUCUACUGCCAUGACCAUAAAACACUUCUCUGCAGUGUUUGUGUUACGCUUGAACACACAGUUACAUCUUGCAAAGUCAACUAUAUACCCGACAUUUCAGCUAAGGUUAUCAACAGUAAAGAAUACCACGACAUCCUGAAAGUCAUAGAUAACAUUACUGACCAGUGUCACAAGAUGUUAGAAGAUGUGAAGAAAAUGACAGGCAAUUCAAACAGUUCUUUGGCAGACGUACUGGCAGAUAUCAAGACAUUCCGGAAAGAAAUAAACCAAAGACUAGAUGAACUGGAGAGACAAGUAGAAGAUGCAGCAAAGGCCAUACAACAAGAGAAUGCCAAGAAUCUGAAGACAACGGAAACAACAUGUGAUGAUGUGACCAAAUCUCUGAAGACAAUGUUUGACUCCAUCAAGCAUCUUAACACAUCAAAGCAAGCUGACAGACUUUUCAUGGAACUGAAAUCUGCUGAGAAAAUGAUCAGAUACUAUGAAAACACUAUCCAGCAUAUAUCAGCAUAUGAUGUCGAAGAGUACAACUUUAAACCCAAUGAAAUAAUAUCAACUCUUCUUGAGACUUCACUUGGAACAUUAACUAAGAAAACAAAUAAACAGACAAGACCUCCUCCAACCAGUACCAGUGUAAAAUCAAGAAAUACUUCACAUCAGGGUGAAAUCUGUGUCAAAUCAUCAAACGAUGAAAGCCGUUGCUAUAUAACAGGAAUGAUUCUUCUUACUCCUGAUCUUCUUAUCAUCACUGACAAGACUAACAAGGCUAUAAAAAUGGUGGAUACCCGCAGUCAAUCUGUUACUGAUAAAUUACAGCUAGACACCGAACCAAGCAAAGUCUCCUCUGUUACUAGUACUGAACUUGCUGUCACACUUACUAACAAAAAAAACAUUCAGUUCAUAUCAGCCUCCUCAAAGAAACUCACAAAGAAACACACCCUGAAUGUUGACGGAGAAUGUUUUGGUAUAAGUUGCCAUGAGAAGAAACUUGUUGUGACAUAUCUGCGGCCAGCAAAACUCCAAAUUCUUGAUACCAAUGGCACUAUAUUGACAACAAUUAGGGGAGAAAACAUUUUUACUAAUCCAACAUUUGUCACAACUAAUAGUAGUUCUAUUUAUGUAUCUGACUGGAACAUGAAAAGCAUAAUGAGGCUAAACUGGCAGGGUGAGGUGAUAGGUAGAUAUAAGGGUAUGGAUGAGCCUAAAGGUAUAAUUCUGUCAGAUGAUGAAACUGUCUUUGCGUGUGACCAGCACAGAAAUGUUAUAGAAGAAAUAUCAGGUGAUUUAUCUAAAGGAAAGGUUGUGUUGAAGGAUCUGAAGAGUCCCUUUGCCCUUUGUUGGUGUGCUCAAACAAAGAAACUGUACUUUAGCUGUUUUUUUACAGAUACAAGAUAUGACAAUUACCUUCAAAUUUUUAGGCUGUCAUAA